GCUGCGAGAGGGAGGACCGGCGUGAGGGCGGGUUGUGGACAAGUACCGGCCACCUCCUCUAGCGACGCGCGGAGAGCGGCUGACCUGACGCUGGUGGAGCCGCAGGCGAGCAGGAGGAAGAUGAGCCUUAAGUCUGAACGCCGAGGAAUUCAUGUGGAUCAAUCAGAACUCCUAUGCAAGAAAGGAUGUGGUUACUACGGCAACCCUGCUUGGCAGGGUUUCUGCUCCAAGUGCUGGAGGGAGGAGUACCACAAAGCCAGGCAGAAGCAGAUUCAGGAGGACUGGGAACUGGCAGAGCGUCUGCAGCGGGAGGAAGAAGAGGCCUUUGCCAGCAGUCAGAGCAGCCAAGGGGCCCAAUCCCUCACAUUUUCCAAGUUUGAAGAGAAGAAAACCAAUGAGAAGACCCGCAAGGUUACCACAGUGAAGAAAUUCUUCAGUGCUUCAUCCAGGGUUGGAGCAAAGAAGGCAGAAAUUCAGGAAGCAAAAGCUCCCAGUCCUUCCAUAAACCGGCAAACCAGCAUUGAAACGGAUAGAGUGUCUAAAGAGUUCAUAGAAUUUCUCAAGACCUUCCACAAGACAGGCCAAGAAAUCUAUAAGCAGACCAAGCUGUUUUUGGAAGCAAUGCAUUACAAAAGGGACUUAAGCAUUGAGGAGCAGUCGGAAUGUACUCAGGAUUUUUACCAGAAUGUGGCUGAAAGAAUGCAGACUCGUGGAAAAGUGCCUCCAGAAAGAGUUGAGAAGAUAAUGGAUCAGAUUGAAAAGUACAUCAUGACUCGUCUCUAUAAAUAUGUGUUCUGCCCAGAAACUACUGAUGAUGAGAAGAAAGAUCUUGCUAUUCAGAAGAGGAUCAGAGCCCUGCACUGGGUUACACCUCAGAUGCUUUGUGUCCCUGUUAAUGAAGAAAUUCCAGAAGUGUCCGACAUGGUGGUGAAAGCAAUUACAGAUAUCAUUGAGAUGGAUUCGAAGCGUGUGCCCCGGGAUAAGCUGGCCUGCAUCACCAGGUGCAGCAAGCACAUCUUCAAUGCCAUCAAGAUCACCAAGAGCGAGCCGGCUUCAGCCGAUGACUUCUUACCCACGCUCAUCUACAUUGUCUUGAAGGGCAACCCCCCACGCCUUCAGUCCAACAUUCAGUACAUCACCCGCUUCUGCAACCCAAGCCGACUGAUGACGGGCGAGGAUGGCUACUAUUUCACCAAUCUGGACACGUGACGGCCACGCUGAGUGUCUUUGCUGCUAUUGGCUGUCACUCCCCGAGUCCCGGCUGUGAGAGCGCUCAUUUACUUGCUUGUUUCAACCAUGAAUAAAUCAGAUCUUGGGCUGAUUCCUUUAUUAAAAGACUUACUAUUUAUUUUUUGUUUCAUUUCUACAAAUUGCCUCUUAAAACUGAAUACUGAGAUGCUGAUGCAUAGAGGAUAUGCAAUGAUUUUCAGCUCUUGUUUUUUUACAGUACUAAUUAACACUAGGCAGAACAGUCAUGAGGUCCGCACAUCUAAGGCCUGAGGCCACAUGACUGACCGUUGACCGCUGGACUUCUCCUUGUUUGUGUUAGACUAGAUUUAUUGUCACACUCAUGAAUUUGAGCCUCAAGACACCUUACGUUCUUUGUUUCCUGUGCUGGAAGCUAUACAGGGUAAUAGGGAGGGAGGGGCGGCCAGGUUACAUAAGGAAGCAUUUCUGGUAAAUUGUCUAAAAAGAUGGAUCCUUGAAUCACUGCACUCUGCAGCUCUUCCUGGCCCCCUGACCCACAGCCUUAACUGUGUGCACACCAUUUUUCUUCAUCCUCUUGCCAGACUCAGAGUCACGGCCCCAGUGAAACCGCUGUGGCAAAAGGAAAAAAAAUCAGCCAGCUGUCACAUGCCUUAGGGCCUCUGCUUCGGUUCACUCCUUUAACACCCCCGGUGAUGCCUUCCUUCCGGAACGUCUCGUGUGCCUCAGCGUCCACGAUUCCACUCCAUCUCCCUGGGCUCUUUGGGGGCCUGGUGUCUUCCUUGUCCCCUUAAAGGUGUCACUCCCUGGGGGGUCUGUCCUCCAUGCAUCUAUCUCUGGUCCUAGCGCUGUUGGUUACCUGUACAGUGAUGACCUGCAGUUUUGACCUCACUCUGAGCUUCCCAGCUAAUUUAUUGUGCUUCAGAUUUAAUCUGUUCAGAACUGAAGCUACUUUCCCAUCAAAUGUUUCUUUCUUUUCCAUUAUGUACUGUUUCCAUUAGUGGCAGUACCAUGUAUCUACUCCCCUAGGCCAGGAACCUCAGAAUUAUCUGCCUCUUCUUUCCAGAAAAUAGGCUGCAGUGAUUCCACACACAUAGUGUGAACAGGUGGUGAGGGUCAGACAGGCACAUUCUUGUCAGAUGAGGCUGUUGAAAUAGAUUUGCUAAAUAUUCUUUAAGGAGAUUCACUUUUUUAUGAAUAAUAAGGUAAUAUCCUAUGAACGAGUUUCUCAAAAGAAAUUCUGAGAGCUGCCUAAAUUUUCUCCUGUUAUAUUUUUCAUGUCUUUCUCAUGAAAAUACUUUAUUAAAAAAAAGUGUGAAAAUGGUAUGUUUAUAUUCUAGAAUUCUAGAUAUAUUUCUAUAGAUAUAAUUCUAGGUAUAUUCUAGAAAAAAUUAGUUAAGGGAAUAUAACUAAGAUGUCUGUGUCACCCAGCAUUUCCCCCAGCAUUUCUGUACUAAUGAUUGCUACCAUUUAUUCAUUGCUUACUACAGACCUGUGAGCUAAGCCUGAGACACGUGCUACUUUAUUUAAUUCUCACAAUAACUCUGGGUGGUAUUUCCCGCAUUUUACAAAUGUGGGAACCAUAGAGAGCUUAGGUAACUUUUCUAGGGUCACACAGCUCUGGGCUGUCAGUUGACAGAGGUGACAUUUCACUCAGGUUGACUUGUAUCAAAGUAUAUUUUUUUUAACUGUUUGACGUUAAAACAUCUCUGAGGACCACCAGUACCUGCAGAGAUGCUCAGUGGCAGGCGGUGCGCUGGCUGGGUCUGCAGAGCUGGGAAGGGCCUCAUGGGGCGUGGCCCUGGAGCUCCAGGCCACUCGGUGAUUCCUCUGCCCUGAAGCAUGGCAGGGAAGCAGAGCGCCUCUGACUUCGAGGAAACAUACAGGAAGCUCUGUGAUAACCAUUGUGGAACGAAUACUAAAGGUGCCUCUUCAGAUAUUUCAUUCUGUACAAGACCCUAGGACCUUCGAACCACCCAAGGAGAGGACUGAAUUUCUGGCUCAAUGAACUUGGCAGUUAGAUUUAAUUUUUUUUAAAGGAAGAAAUGCAUUAUUGCAAAUGGGAGUAUAAAGGAAACAACAUAAAUGGCCAUGGUAAUUUUUGAAGCUGAAGUCCAUGGAGGUUCAUAAGAUUAUCUUGUCAAGUUUUUACUCUGUUUAAAUUCUUUGUAAUAAAUGGAUUUUUUUAAUCUUCUCUUUGAAUGUUUGUAGCUCUCCUAUAUAACUAUAAUAAAU